GAAGCAGACCGUAUAUCCAUUUUGGAGGAAUGAUGAUCGGGAACUUGGAUCAUCCAAAUUCCAAAGUUCGGCAGGCAAGCCCCAACUUUGUUUUUCUUUAUAAGGCAUAAACAAUUGGGAUUACAAAUAUCCAUAUUCCAAACACUGCCUUAACAAUUAACAUAUGAGGGGAUCUCCGUUGUCAAUUUCUGCAACUCAAAUCCAACGGCAUCAGAUCAUCAAGAUUUUGGCGCCAUUUCUUCACCAUCUCACUUAAUUCCCACUUAAAAUAGGACUAAAGAAUACACUUUUCUUUUUUAUUGGGGGCAAGAAGAAGAGAUUCUAUCCUAUGGAUUCGGGUGCAGGAGAAAGCUCUGCUGCCGAUGACUACGAGUCGCUGAUGUCGACGACCGACGCCGAGCUGCUGAAGAGUGCGUGGAGGAACGAGAAGGCGGCGCCUGAGAUUCUCACAUACGCCGCCGAUUUGGUGCAGAGGUCGCGCCAACAGAUCCAAUUAAUGGAAGAAAUGGUGGAUGAGUUCAACAAGAAUGGUGUCGAUCCACUGACAGUAUCUCUUUACCAGAUGGACUUGGACAGGACCAUGUUCUUGUUGAGAUCAUAUCUUCGCACUCGUCUUCAAAAGAUUGAAAAAUACGUCUUUCAAAUACAGAAAACUGCUGAACAGUGGAAUAGGCUUUCUAAGCAGGAACAGAAGUUUGCUUCAAGGUUUGCUGGAGAUAUAAAGCAUCAUCUGGAGCAGUCUGUACUCUCUAGAUUGCCGGAUCAAUACCAGUCCCAUUUGAGGCAAUCUGCAGCAAGUGAAGACGACGACAUGGUUCCAGAGCCGCAGCUGGAUGCCUAUGUUGUCUGCAGAAGCAAGAAAUAUUUAGGAGCCUUUCAGCUCGACGACGGUGGAGAAGAGCCUAUUGACAUUGAAGCAGACGAUUUGUAUGCUUUGCCAUACAAGUCUAUAAAACCACUCAUUGAGAGUGGCCAAAUCGAUCUCGUUUGAGCAUCCGAGCGCGACUGCUGCUGCCUGUCUGAAGGUGAAGGAGAUUGUGAGAUUGCAAGGACAACAGCAAUUCAUCGAACUCUUGUAUAAUGGCAUUUGUUUGGCGUUGCACCUGUGGUUUUGUCUUUGUGAUCGACUAUAAGGUAUGAAAUUAGAAAUGAUCUACUGUUCAUGAUUAGAACACGUGUUAUUUAGUGUCGACCGAAUAUGAGUUACCAAUAUUAUGUUUGUUUUAUACUUUGAUCGUAUGAUGAUUGGCCUUUGAAUUGGCUCCGAUAUAGUUUAUUUUCACAGAUAUAA